AUGACUACAGCCUCAUCGGAGGUCAGUACCUUGCCUGCAGUAGCUCCACCAGCUGCAAAAUCGCUGGGCAAGCGAGUUAAUGGAAAGAAUUGGCAUGCUCCAAAGACCGCAUUCCGGCCAACUGGCGGCCAAACAACAUAUGCCAAAAGGAAGGAAGCAGACAAGGUCAAACAGGCCACUAAAGCGAGAGAAGCAGAGCUCAAGGAAGAGCGGGAGCUAGAACGCAAUCGAAAGAUCCAGGCGAUUAAAGACAGGAGGAAGGCCAAAGAAGAGAAGGAAAGAUAUGAGAAGAUGGCGGAGAAGAUGCAUAGAAAGUUGGUCGAGCGGAGAAAGCGAAGAGAAAAGAGAAACAAGGUGUUGAAAAGCUGA